AUGGCUCUUGUGACUGUGAGGGCUAAAGGGUUAGAAUCCAUGAAAGAGCAGAUGCUUCAAUUGGUAGAAAGCUGUAUAAAUGGUAAUGCUACUCAGCAGAGAGGUGGACAUGUAAUUUUACAGCUUGUCAGCACUGAGAUUGAUCCAAGGGGUGAUCAGGAGCUGAUUCUAGAAGUUGAAUUCAUGUUUGGAGUGCCAGGAGCAAUUCUUGUGAGAAACAAAUAUCAAAAUGAGUUCUUUCUUCAAUCAAUCUCUAUAAAAGUAGUUGUACAUUUUGAUUGCCACUCCUGGGUCCAACCUUCUUCUGAACACAAAAGAAUAUUCUUCUGUAACAAAGCAUAUUUACCUGGUGACAGUCCUGAGGGACUAAAAGAGCUAAGAGCAAAGGAACUAGAACAACUAACAGGUGAUGGAAAAGGAGUUAGAAAAUUGUCAGAUAGGAUAUAUGACUAUGAUCUCUACAAUGACCUGGGAGAUCCAGACAAAAGACCUCAACAUGCCAGGCCAACACUUGGAGGUAACCUUAACCCUCAUCCCAGAAGGUGUCGAACAGGACAACCUCCUCCAACUACCGACACAAAUGCAGAAUCACCUGUAUCUGCUUCGAUGCCUAUGUAUGUACCUAGAGAUGAAGCAUUGGGUGAGUCUAAGAGGAAAGCUUUCAAUCUAGGCAAGUUAAAAGGAGUGCUUCAUAAUAUUAUUCCUUCUCUGGUAACUAAUGUCAUAGACAAGGAUGCUUUGGAAGGGUUUUCGGAAAUUGAAGAUCUUUACAAAGAAAGAUCACUCUUUCAAAUGAAAUCUCGUGGUGGAACUUCAAUCACAUUUCCCUUAUCAAGGGAACUUGGAAUAGUUCGAGACUCCAUUCAAAGCUUUCUGAAAUUUGAUCCUCCAAAGAUCAUUUCUGGAGAUACAUCUUGCUGCUUGCAAGAUGAUGAAUUCGGUCGCCAGAUGGUUGCAGGCAUAAGCCCUCCUCUAAGCAUAGAAAAACUUAAGGCUUUUCCAAUUGUGAGCAAAUUGGAUCCAUCCAUCUAUGGUUCACCAGAGUCAGCACUCAAGGAGGAACACCUAAUAGGUCAUCUCAAUGGAAUGUCACUGAAGCAGGGGAAUUGCAGUAGCAGAUCCCACACAGCCUUGUGGGUUGAGACUUCUUAUUGAAGACUAUCCUUAUUCAAAUGAUGGUCUCCUCAUAUGGUCGGCAAUCAAGACACUGGUUCAGACAUAUGUUAAUUACUACUACUGGGAUGCAAGUUUGAUAUCUUCAGAUACUGAGCUCCAGGCCUGGUACAAUGAAUUCAUAAAUGUAGGUCAUGUGGAUCUUAGACAUGCGAGCUGGUGGCCUCAACUUUCAACUCCCGACGAUCUGAUCUCUGUCCUCACAACAAUUAUUUGGCUCACAUCAGCACAACAUACUGCAUUUAACUUUGGGCAACAUCCCUAUGGUGGCUAUGUCCCAAGCCGUCCACCACUCACACGCCAACUCAUACCCAAGUAAAAUUACCCAGAAUUUGAAAAUUUUCUUGCUGAUCCACAAGGGUACUUCCUAUCUUCAUUGCCAAGCUUGUUUCAAGCAACGGAUCUCAGAACAUUCACCUGAUGAAGAAUAUAUAGGACAGAGAAAAGAUCUGUCAAGCUGGUCAGGGGAUGCUGAGAUCAUUGGGGCCUUCUACAAAUUUUCAAUGGAGAUGAGAACGAUUGAAAA